ACAUUUCGUCGUCAUUAUAAACGGAUUUCUCUCCCCGCAGUCGCCACUCCUCUCAAACCCCUCCUCUCCCAGCGCCGCCCGCAUCGCCGGAACCCUAACGGCUACCGCCGCCGCGGCGCCCGGCGAUCGCAUUGGUGGCGCCACCGAUGGCGACCCACCCCUCCAAGAGGAGUUACCUGUACGCGGGGAGCUCCUCGUUAGACGAUCCCGACGUGGUAGAGCUGUCGCCGGCCGCCGUCGCCGCCGCCGGCGGGUGGGGCUCCAGCCACCAGAAGAGGAAGCGGAGCCAGGUCGUUCCUCAUGAAGUAAUUGAAAUUGAUGAUGAUCCUGAUGGAGUUGUGAUCAUUGGUGAGAAAGCACCAGUUGAAAAGAAUAAACACGCAGCUGGAUAUCCUCUGGAAUGGCCAAAUCAUGUGAAGUUCCAGACUACUGUGGCUAAUGACAUUGCCGGACCAAGCACCUAUGCUUCAAAAGGUACUGCCAUUGUGGGCGGUGUGAAAAAGCUUGUCGAAAGCACAGUUUUUCCUGAUUUUGAUGACUACAGUUUCGAUGAAUUUGAGGAAGACUAUUCUUAUGAGGAAGAUGAGUACACUGACUAUGAUUAUGAUCCUCUACCUUUUGAGGACAAAUUCAACUUAUUUGGCAAGUUUGAUGUUGGGGCUCCUUUACCAUGGAUGCAGAAGACCGCCGCUGAGUUGUCAAAUAAUACCAAACCAGUUUCAAUCUUGGAUGAUAAGGUUGAUGAAAAAUACAACACAUUUAAGUCAUUUGAUACUGUUAAUGGUCAUACUGAUCAUUAUUAUUCGAAACCAGAGUUAAGGAUGGUUCACUCAGUGAAGAAGCCAUCAAAAGACUGGGCGAAGCGUAUUCAGCGUGAGUGGAAAGUCCUAGAAAAAGAUUUGCCAGAUACUAUAUUCGUGAGGGCAUAUGAGGAUAGAAUGGACCUUCUUAGAGCUGUCAUAAUGGGACCAGCAGGCACUCCUUACCAUGAUGGACUCUUUUUCUUUGACAUUUACUUCCCUCCUCAAUAUCCAAGUACACCUCCGCUUGUUAACUACCGUUCUGGUGGGUUGCGGCUUAAUCCAAACUUGUAUGCUUGUGGGAAGGUGUGCCUUAGCCUCUUAAACACCUGGUCUGGUAGUGGAUGUGAGAAAUGGAAUCCAUCCAAUUCAACCAUGCUCCAGGUUCUGGUCUCCAUCCAGGCUUUAGUUUUGAAUGCUAAACCUUAUUUCAACGAGCCUGGUUAUGCUAGUUCAGCUAACACACCUAAUGGGGAGAGGAGGUCCCAAUCGUAUAAUGAAGAUACCUUCUUGCUGUCCUGCAGGACAAUGUUGUAUUCUCUUCGAAAUCCACCAAAGCAUUUUGAGGAUUUUAUCGCUGGCCAUUUCCGCAAGUACGGGCGCACCGUCCUCGUAGCCUGCAAAGCUUAUCUUGAUGGCGCCCAGGUCGGAUGUCUUGCUGGGAACGGAGUGCAGGAUGUCGAUGAGGGUGACAAGAGCUGCUCGCUUAGGUUCAAGACGUCGCUGAAGAGACUGUUUGACGAAUUGCUGAAGGAGUUAGCUGUGAAGGGAGCAGACCGCGACAAGUUCCUACCGGAGAACAUGAAACCUGUUGCCGCCUCCGCCUCCAGCUCUAGAGCAGCGCAGGUGGAUGCUGCGUCCGCCUCCGCCUCUGCUUCCAGCUCCACCUCCACCUCCAGAGCAGCGUGGGGGGACUCCACCUCCGCAGCCAGAGCAGCGCGGAUAGACGCCACCCUGAGGCUAUAUAGUAAGCUUAAACCCCACAAAUCGUACAGUAGAGUCAAGCACUCAAGCCCAAGGGUCGUCUCCACCAUCUCCGUCCCAAACACCAAACCAGAGGGGAGAGGAGAUCUCAAUUCUCAGUCCCCGAUGGCGCCACCGCGCCCCUACCCCCACCGCCGCCUCCUCCUCCUCCUGGCCCUGCUCCUGAUCCCCGCCGCCGCCGCGGCCGCCGGCCCGCUCUACACCGCCCACUGCGCCGCCCCGGGCCACGCGCCGGACCUCCUCGACGGCGACGACGGCUCCUCCGCCCCCGCCCACGCCCUGCAGCUCCCCACCGGCUACUUCUCCGGCGGCGGGGACCGCCUCUUCGGCCCGGACGCCUCCUUCAUCCCGCGCACCUUCUCCCUCCUCCCCACCUCCGCCCUCCGCACCGCCGACCCCUCCCUCCUCCACGUCGCCGCCACGCUCUCCCUCUCCGGUGGCCGCCGCGGCCCCAACCUCACCCGCGCCGGCCGCUUCCUCUUCCAGCACGACCCCGCCCGCUCCCACAACCGGCCCCGCCUCCCGCGCUUCUUCGGCCGCCGCGGCGCCCUCAGCUUCGACCUCGACGGCUACUACUCCACAGCCACCGGCUACCUCUGCAUGGUCGGCACGGGCGCGGGCCGCGCCGCCGACGGCGCCCCCGUGGCGCCCCUCCCCGCCGUGCUCCGCCUCCGCUUCCCCGCCCCCGCCGCCAACCUCACCCGCCCCUUCGUCACCGGCCGCCUCGAGCCCACCACCCCCUCCCCCAUCCUCGACCCCGUCGCCCUCCUCGCCUACGCCGAGGACGGCUACGCCUACGCCGAGGCCGCCUCCUGCCCGCAGCCACCAGCCAACGCGCUCCAGCCGUUCGACGGCAGGACCUUCUCCUGCGCCAACAUCAAAUCCCUCCUCAAAACCGGCUUCACCCUACACCACAGCAACGGCACCGCCUCCUCCUCGCUUGGCAUUCGCCAGAGGUACAUGUUCGUCAACCGGGUACAGUGCGCCGCCGACGGCGCCGUCCGCGCCUACGUGGUGUUCUCCAACCAGUCGGACUUCUCCAGGUAUUACUUCAUGGUCGCCGAGAAGGCGGUCGUGGCGGAGGGGUUCUGGGACCGGAAGGCGAACCGGCUCUGUCUGAAAGGGUGUCACGUCGAGAGUGCAGGGCCAUCCCGUGCCGAGGUUGCGGUGGGCGAGUGCGGCAUCGGGAUGAGCUUCUGGUUCCCGGCAGUGUGGUCGAUCCAGGAGCGAAGCUUCUCCGCGGGGAUGGUCUGGAACACGAGCUUGAAAACCGAGGACGCGAUCGUCGGUUAUUCGAACCCACUUGCUCCACAGUUGAGGGGCAACAGUUUCGCUGGCCUCAAGUACAACUACACCAAGGUUGAUGAGGCAAAGCAGUACUAUUACAAGGACUCUAGCCUCACCAAGAAGAGGAAGGGGAAGUUUCCGGAUAGUAAUACAUACCUGGACUUGGCGUUUCGCUUCUACUUGAAGCAGGGAGGUGGUUCUGGAUACGCAUCGCCGAUCACAAUUGGAUCGAUGCUGUACGAUGGGAAUUCUGUAAUGGUUGACAGUGGCACUUUCUCUCGUCCUGCUGUGGCGGAAAGGAAGCAGGGGCUACUCAAUGUCAGCUAUGAUAUCCGCUACGUUGGGAAUUGGUCAAUAGAGUCAUUUCAACGUCAACAUAUCGCAGCGGAAGGUGUUUAUGACACCGAGACAGGCUCCCUGUGCAUGAUCGCGUGUCGUGGGAUUAAUGUCUCGUCAGAUUGUAAGAUUCUGGUCACCGCACAGUUUGCUAGUUUGGACUCAAAAGUGGCACAGCAUGUCCAGGGGAAGGUUAGAAGCUUGAGGGAGAAGACUGACCCUCUUUUCUUUGAAACGCUGGAGAUUGCUUCAUAUGGGAUGUACAUUGACCAGGUGGAAGAAUCAAUUUGGAGAAUGGACUUGGAAAGCACCAUGGCUCUGAUCUCGAUGACACUAUCGUGCGUCUUCAUUGUUGUGCAGUUGUUCCAUGUCAAGAAGGUACCUGAAGCGCUCCCAGCCAUGUCGAUCACUAUGCUUGUUGUCCUCGCAUUGGGUUACAUGACCCCACUUGUGCUCAACUUCGAGGCUCUUUUCAAGAACAACAACAAACAGACCGUUCCGUUCUCAGGCGGCGGUUGGCUCGAGAUGAAUGAAGUCAUGGUGCGGAUCAUCACCAUGAUAACAUUUCUGCUGCAGCUGCGCCUCCUUCAGUUGGCAUGGUCGGCACGGUCUGUGGAUGGAAACAAACUUGAGACAUGGGCUGCCGAGAGGAAAGUGCUCUGGAUAUGCUUGCCGCUGUACAUCAUAGGGGGAGUUGUAGCUUUGAUUGUCCACAUGAGACCCAGCCAUAACGGGAGAAUGUUAAGGGGGCGUGUGUCUCGCAUGAGGCCGCCGCCGCACGCCUUCUGGGAGGACCUCGUCUCCUACGGCGGCCUACUGCUCGACGGGUUCUUGCUGCCCCAGGUCAUCCUGAACGUGUUCUCAGCCUCCAAGGUCAGAGCCCUCUCCCCAGGAUUCUACAUCGGAAGCACUUUGAUCCGUGCGCUGCCCCACGUGUACGACGUGUUCCGGACCCGACACUUCGUGCCCAGCCUGAGGCCUUCCUUCAUGUACGCGAGCGCUCACGACGACCUCUUCAGCCUCGCUUGGGACAUCGUCAUACCUCUCGGAGGGGUGCUGUUGGCUGCGCUCCUGUUCUUUCAGCAGCGGCUUGGGGGCGCCUUCUUCCUCUGUUCAAGGGCCAGGAGGGCGAGAGAGUAUGAAAUGGUUUCUACCACCAGCUCUUAGCAGGUUCUACAGCUUCGUCGCGAGAUUAUGAAUAUAGCGGAGGGUUUUACAUGUAGACUAAGAGAUAGUUCUGUUUCCUGAUGGGUGUUUAUGAGGCAAAACACCCCUUGUUCGCAGUGAAAGUUAAAUGCAUGUAUACCAUAGAAAUCUCCAUGUUUCCUCUUUCCUGGUGGAUGUUUAUCUUGCAAAACGCUUGUUUACAUGCAUGUAGAAAGAAGAAGAAAACAGGUCAGGCAAGGUUCGAUUCUUGA